AGCAGCAGCGGCUCAUUGUUGUUAUACCUAUUUGACUUAGCCUGUCAGAAUAUCAUGAACAAACAGGCAUGAAGACGCAAACACUUAAUUCUAGUACUUUUUUUGUUCGUCUGGUUACCACCGCUCACACUAUCACGCUACAUGAACGUUAGCUUAGCUCGCUAGCAGACAGCGAUAUUAUGGAAAGCGUUUGACGGACCCAGCUCUUCCUCAUUGCGGUCAGCUGAAGGGGCAGUUCUGCUUUUAGUAGCUGAUAAAUCGACAGACUUCCCGUAAAGGGUUCACUGACUGCUAUGGAGCCGUCCGCGGCAAUGGGCUGUGUGAACAUCGGUAAUCUGACCAGCACCUUACCGGUGAUCCCCUACCAGAAGCUGACCGACCUGUACUACCUGAGCAGAGGGGGCUUCGGCACCGUGUUCAAGGCUCAGCACUCAGACUGGAGGACCACUGUGGCCAUCAAGUGCCUCAAACUCGACGCCCAUGGAGAAAGGGAAAGGAACUGCCUGCUGAAGGAGGCUGAGGUGCUGCACAAAGCCAGGUUCAACUACAUCAUCCAGAUCUUUGGUAUCUGCAAUGAGCCCGAGUUCUUCUGCAUCGUCACAGAGUUUAUGAGCAAUGGCUCUCUGGACCUGUUACUUCAUGAGAAGGACAUGUACCCUGCGCUGGCCUGGCCUUUACGUCUGAGGAUUCUGUACGAGAUCGCCCUUGGGGUUAAUUUCCUCCACAACAUGAACCCACCUCUCUUACAUCAUGAUCUGAAGACGCAGAACAUCCUGUUGGACAGUGAAUUUCACGUCAAGAUUGCAGACUUUGGCCUCUCAAAGUGGCGGCAGCUGUCCGUCAGUAAGGGCUCCGGGUCCAAGCCCACAGAGAUGGGGGGCACAGUGAUCUACAUGCCUCCAGAGAAGUACGAACCCUCCAAGAGUCGUCGGGCCGAUGUGAAGCACGACGUGUACAGCUAUGCCAUCAUUAUGUGGGAGGUCCUGUCCAGACACAUUCCUUUUGAAGAUGUGACCAACCCCAUGCAGAUCAUGUUCAGUGUGCUGCGUGGGAUGCGUCCUGACAUCAGUCUAGACAGUCUACCUGCUGACAUCCCCAGCAGAGAAACCCUCAUCAGUUUAAUGACCUGCGGCUGGACCUCUAACCCAGACGAGCGACCUUCCUUCCUAAAGUGUCUGAUUGAACUGGAGCCCAUGGUGAGGAAGUUUGAUGAAAUUGACUUUCUGGAGGCUGUGCUGGCGAUAAAGAGGACAAAGUUGAUGGGCCAAUCGCGCUGUUGUUUAGCACAGUCAGAGUGUGAGAAGAGGAGUGAGGAGGGGUCUCUGAACAUGCUGAAGGACAGACACAGCCCCUGGCCGGGGAGCUCCACCUCCGGCUCAGGCUCGUGUUCCUCUCAGGACACAGACAUUUCUAUCCCAGGAGCCCUCACCAGCAGCAAUGCUCCUCCCUCUAAAGAUGGAAGUUCUCCAUCGUCGUUCCUAGCUCACAAUCUGGACCCUCCUGAGUCUCUGAAGGACGAUUGCGCAAAUGAUCUGAACAUCCCCAUCAAAGCAGAGCUGCCUGUCCCUGAAUAUGAGACACAUAUGGAUAACCUCACCCUCAAGUCUCAGCAACAAGCAGAUUACUCUCCUCCCCCGCGAUACUCUCCUCCCUUUCAAGGCCCGUUUGCUCAGUGGAUCUCGACGCGGCGUGAGGAGAUCGUCACUCAGAUGACAGAGGCCUGUCUCAACCAGAGCCUGGACGCCCUGCUGGCUCGCUCCUUGUUAAUGCAAGAGGAUUAUGAACUUGUGAAGAACCAGCCCACACGCACGGCUAAAGUCCGCCAGCUCCUGGACAACUGUCUCAAACACGACGACGACUUCUGCCUCAUUGUUGUACGAAAGUUGCACGACAACAAACAGAGGGGCUUACAGCCGUACCCGCCGGAAAUCAGCUCGCCUCCCCCUGUCUUCCCGACGGCACCUCCACUCAACAUGUCCUUUAAUAUACCCAGGAACAUGUAGCAGCAGUCACAGACAAACAGUGAUACAAGAUUGUGCCGACUUGACACUACACUAAGCUCUCAAUUGUCAUCAAGAUGGUCAACGUGUUUUUUUUUUUGUUUUCUCCAUGAAAACAAACAAAGGAUGAGCUGGUUGAGAAAAGACUCUCACAGCUACAAAAAAGACGCUGUGAGAUAUGAGAUUUGAUCUCGGCUCAUCAACAAGAGAUGAAAAGUUGAAUUCUGUGUGAACAGAAUGAAAGAUUUUGACUGAAUCAGUGAUUUUAUUUAACAAUUUAAUGUGAUUUUGUUUUAUGUAUGCAUUUGUCUCAAAAGCUCAGUUUCCAUUAUAUGAGAGCCUAAGUAUGUGGCCCAGCUCUUUUUUGUGUUGUGUAAGUGUGUACGUGUGUGAACGUGUGUGUGUGUAUUUAUAGAAGAGGAACAUCCCUGAUACGCUCGCUUGGUCUGAGUAAUGCCAAAGGGACUGUUAUCAUGCUGUAAAGUCUACACUCCUUUUCUAGCAGUCGCUCACUAUCAUGUAGUCAUGGGUUGAAUAUCCUGAUGUGUUACCUGAGAGAGGAUGUGCUCACCACAGCGGAGAGUAUCUGUGUGUUGGGGUGCAUGAUCGAUAUCAGUGAGAGACUGCAGAGUCAGUGUUCUAAUGAUAGCCAUCGAACUCCGAGACCAGUUAAACUGUGGCUGAAUGGAUCGAUUGUGUCCCUAACUGUGCUCUUCUUCUUCUUUUUUUACUGCUGAGCCCUACAGAGUCACUGGGACACAGAGUAAAGAGGAAGUGGAGUUUGUAAUACAACACCCAGAAUUAGAGGGAUGUGCGUCUCUCUGCAUGUCAGUGUCUGAAUUAAAAGUGGACCAAAGUGAUCCGAUUUCUUUUAGUCCUCUCAGCAGAGACCUCACCUGUCAGUAAUCAUGUAUUAUGUUCGCAUUAGAAACUUCAGACCCAUCUGGAUACUUCCAAAGUUUAGAAUAGUUUAUCCUCAGACUCUGAACAAGAUUGAAUAAUAAGUUUCACAUUUUGUUCCUAGUGAGCGCAUGGCUGGUGCUCUGCUUGUAGUACCAGCUGAGUUUACCUGCUUUACACAGAACAGCUAUUAAUAAUUCAUCUUUUCUUCCGUAAUGCUUCCUAAACCGCUCAAAAUGACAGACACAACUGUCACUAAUAUAAAUAUGCAUCUGCUUCACAUAGACAGGGUUCAGUAAAGGAAGGAAACACAUAAAUAUACAUAAAGACAAUAGCAGUGGUUCAUCUGUAUACAUAAGGAUGAUAACUGUUCUGUAUAUUUAUACAUACAGGUUCUUUGUCCUAGUAAAGAAACAAACAUGUCUGUUUUCCUCACACUAACAUGCUGUCUUUUUCAUCAUCUUAAUGUCAACUAAUUUAACAGUUGUCCUCCAAAUUAAUAGUUCGGCCUUUACAUAUCAGAAAAAGCUUUAAAAUGUCAGUUCACUGUUUCUAAGAGCCCGUGCUGACAUCUGAAAAUGUGUCAAGAGUGUCCAAGCAGGUUUCUACCAUCCAAAGAAAUUCAAUUAACUGUUUAAGAAGCUUGACUCUGAACUUUUUAAUUGAAGUUAAUUUCAAAUUGAUUCAUCAUCUGAUCGUUUUUGUAUAUGUACAUGUCUGUGUGUAGUUUCUAAGUUAGAGCAUCACUGCAUUCACAGAGGUUCUUUAAAAGAUGAUGCAGCCCCAGCAUUCACUGUCUGUAACCGCUUUAAAUUCAUCACACUGUUAACUAUGUUUUAAUUCAAUUCUCUACAUGGAUGUACUUCAUCUUUCAUCAUGUGGAUCGACAGUUUCCCCCACCAUUAGUCAGAGUAGCUCAGUGAGGCUGUACUAAAAACACUGCUUCAUUCUUAGUAAGACACAUUGUUAUAUGAAAUAGUUCUUUUUGAAAAAAAGAAAAGUCAUUUAAGUAACAAGAGAAGCGCCAAACAAGGUCUGUGCUUCCAUCAUCUUGUAAUGCCUUGUUUUUGGGAACUGUGCCUCAUAUUGAGCUUUAAGUCUCAACAGUGACGUGUCAAAGCUUUUUUACACUCAUAUCAAACUCAGUUGAGUACAAUGCUACACAUUUGGUAACAUAAAUAUGGUGUUACACAUUUUUAUAGUAUAUUUCUGUGUAGUUUCACCUUUUUAUAUGCACACUUACAUUUGUGAGCUCUUGAUUGUUUAAGUGAUAUUCAUUGACCUGCCUUGUGCAAAGUAUUGGCCUGGUUUUAGUGCCCCUGUUAUUAUCAGUGUGUUGACCAAACAGCCAUAUAACGUGAUACUCUAAGUUCACUUUAAGUGUUUUAUAAUUUUUCAUUAGUUGUAUCUGAACUAAUUAAAAAAAGUGACCUUUGUA